AUGGCCAACGUAGCCAGAGACUCGGCCAUUGAGCAGUCGCUGGUGACAAUACACGACAUCGCCACGGAGAAUCUGGGCACGCUCUGCAUCUCGCAGCUCUACCGACCGCUCCAAGUGCCCCUCAACUCGGAGCGCUUCGAGAGCAGCAGACAAAAGGCGGAUUUGGCGGCAUCGAUUCUGCAGGAAGUGGGCAUCAUACGGCAUGGCGGACUCUCGGAUGCGCUGGCCAAGGGCCUGCUCACUGAUGAAUACAUAAACGGAGCACGCAUUUUAGCUUUGAACCUAACCAACGGCGCAGUCCAAUCGUACGUCUGGUGGGUAAAGGGCGGCCACGACAAACUAACCGACACGCAGCGCUACGAGGAGGAGGGCCUGCAAAUUGGUAAAAAGCCCGCACACAGUUACCCCUGGUUUGAUGAUGAGAGCAGCACGCCCACAUUGCGGUCACCAAAGUUUGCGCCCAGUCCGCCGAACAACUACUACAAGGGCUGGUGGACCUAUCCGUACUUCUCCUGCUCACUGAGCCGCUGGCUCGUCUCCUACAGCAUUGCAAUACCACCGAGUGGGCGGCACGGCCUGCGCGGCUUCAUCAGCGUGGACAUUGAUGUGAGCUCGUUGCGUGUCAAUCAGUGCGAUGCACUGCCGUAUCGCUUCAGCAGCAGCAGCAGCAGCACUCCGCCCCACUUGCUGCGGCAGUCGACAGUGCGCCGCGCCACAGCAGCAACAGUUGCUGCCAGCUACGACGUGGAGUCCAUCCGAGACUUGCAAGCAUUUCACAGCUCGCACAAAUGCCAUCGCGCCUCCAUGGUGUGCGACUAUCGCCAGCCCAGCUCGGAGUCAACGACAAUAAGCGGGGCCAAGCUGUUGCCGGGCAUGAUUAGCGGCAGCAGCAGCAGCUGGUCGCGCGGCUCGUAUCAGUGCCUCUGCAAGCGGGGCUACUAUUCGCUGCGGCAUCCGGAUGGCUUCAAUGGCACCAUCAUGGAGAUUGCCUGGCAGGAGCAUCAGGACAAUAUAAGCAAUUACUAUACGGACGUAUUCAAGUGUUUGCCCUGCGCCCCCGGCUGUGACACCUGCACCGGACCCGAGCCUUGCCUGGCCAACUAUCACUGGCCUUUCAGAAUAUCUCUGCUGACCAUUUCGAUUGGCUGCGCCUGUGGAACCCUUGUGCUGCUCUGCUAUCUCUUCAAGCAUAGGCGGGUCAAAGUCUUCAAGGUGGCCAGCCCCAUCUUCCUGAUGAUCACGCUCAUUGGCUGUGCCAUUAUGUAUUUGGAGCCAAACGACAAUGGAACUCCCGUCGGACGCAUAAAAGACAAGAGAACAAUGGCAAAAGCCUGCGAGUAA